CUUAAUCUUAAAUCUGCUUUACUGGUUGCCUACGUAAAAGCGCAUGCAUAAGACAAUAAUAACCUCAAAAAAGUAGUAAAUAUUAAAUGUUUUACACACUAACAAAUAAUAUUGUACUAUCCAUAUAAUGAAUAGAAUAAUAACAUUCUCACAUCCAACAUUUAGAUUUUUUUGUAAAAUAGCCAAAUCAGAUUCGACUAAACUAGAACGAAUCGUACCUUUUGAACGAACAAAAUUCAAAAUAGACUCCAGUAAGUUACCACCGAAGACCAAAAUUGAUUUAGAUACCAUUACGUUACUCGAAAAACUUUCUUUAGUGAAUUGCACUAAUAAAGAAGCCAUUGAAACGCUGGAAACAAAGUUAGAAUUUGCUGAUCAAAUAUUGCAAGUUGAUACUGUUGAUGUUGAACCUAUGAUCACGCCGUUGGAAGACAUACCAUUAAUUGUGAGAGAAGAUACAGUAAGCGAAGGAAACUGUCGUGAUACUGUUUUAAGUGCAGCUGCUCUUGUAGAAGAAGAAUAUUUCGUAUCGCCACCUGGAAACAUACCAUUAGAAAGUAGAGAUUUGUUUGAUGAUAAAACCUCAUUGAAAAAUGCUUAAAAAGGUACUCGAUUUAGCUGCUAACAACGGUUUUUUAAGCAGAAGCAAAUCGUUAAAUGAUAAAUUUAAAAUCGGGCCUGUGGGACAACUUCUUUGUCAAAAUAUAAACUCCGAAUGGUUUCAUAACAUUGUUAUCAAUAAAGAAUUGACUGUAGUUAUAAAUGACGGCGAUUUAAGUGAAACUUACAAUUAUGUUAAGAAUUUGUGUUCAGAAAAAUUACCUUUCGGCAUUGCUGAUAGUGAGAAAAUAAAAAAAUAUACUGCAGAUGAAUACAGGGAAAAUUGUGAUACAGGUAUCGAUUUUAAAAAUUUGCUUUGCAACGAAGACGAUAUUUUUUUAAAAUUCUGUGUAUUCGUUUCGCCUAAUGAGUCUAUGAGGUAUUUUCAAAGGUGGCAAAAGCAGAGGAGAAUUUGGUAUAAAAAGUUUUCAGCCUCGCCAGAACGUUAUUCAGUUAGUGAUGUAAAAAAUAUCGGAAAUACGCAAUCGGUAAAUAUCGAAGCCAAAUAUCCUUGGGGAUCGCAUACAGUUGAAUCGUUAGAACUUAAUUCCCACGACGAAAAUUUCACCAAUGAACAAUUACAGUUUAAAGAUGGAAAACUUAUUACAGCCCAUACCAUCACUAGUCGAAUACAUUUAUCGACGCUUUUUUUGAAUUCGCUUUGCGAUUCGUACGACGAACCAUUUUUCCAAGACAAGUCGCGGCCUCUGUGGCGAUUCCACAGAAAAUUAGCACCUUAUAAACUCAGUUUCGCCUUAACAGGAUCCACUCAAUCGAUAUUAAACGAACUGAACGAUUUGGGUCUAUAUCUUUGCAAACAGCUUAGGACCAAUCACGUGUCGACUUUGUUUCUACCUAGUGCGUCUAAAAGUACGCUUGACUCUCAAUAUGUUCAGUACGAUCAGUUAGGAAUUCCGUAUACAGUGGUGUUAAAUGAAAGAACAUUGAAAGAUGGUAUCGGAAGUUUGAGGAAUAGAGACACCACUUUGAAGGAGAAAGUCCAUGUCACAGAGUUAGUAAGCUAUGUUGAUAAGUUAUUUAAGAAUUAUUAAUUAUUGUAAUACUAUGUCCAAAAAGUAAAGUAAAAGAUUUAUAUGCUGGA